AUGGUUGACCUUACACGACGCGGCAUCUGUAUGUGUCAGGGCGUCGUCUACGAGGUAGAGGGCAAGCCAGAGAAGACGAUGGCCUGCUACUGUAAGCAUUGCAAGCUUAAUGCCGGGGGUGCCUUUCAAAUAGUAGCCUCCUUCAACAAGGAGCAAGUAAAGGUAGUCUCUGGCGAAAAUCUCAUUGGCACCUGGACCCUCAAGGAUACCACCACUGGCAACGACAAGCACAAACGCUUCUGUACUCGCUGUGGGUGCACCCUUUGGACUGUCCCAAUGAUGUUCGGCGGCGACAAGUUCAUGGUGAGAACGUCCUUAUUAGAGAAUGGGCUCGAGGACUAUAAGCCUGAAGGGGAAAUCUUUACUGCCGGAAGGCCUGCAUACAUCGAGGCCAUCAGAGGAAUCUAG